CGCCCGUCGAAAACAAACUUCACGCAUCCGCGAAAAACCGUCACGCGGUCCGAGAAAGUUUCCCCGCCCGGCAUCGAAAUCUACGGCAUUAGACGCACAAUUAUUGUACUGUCACACAAUACCGCGAUGGCAUAUUCGGUAAGUCGAAAUCGGCUACGUUAUAUCAUACUAUACAGGGUGACUUUUUAAUGCACGCGCUCACCACAGUGUAGAUCCGGAACGUACAUUGGUUUUACAACGAUGUUUAUGUAUUUUUUUUUUCUGUGAGCAACUUUUCUGAUAGGCAAUUUGAUCUACUUGAUACUCUAGGGAGAUUAUUUUUUUUUGUUUUGAUUUUUCAAGCGGUUUUCACAAUAAUUGGUAAAAACCCGAAAGAAAAUUAUAGGUAUAAAACGGUAUAUAUUUUCGGAGUUACCGAUUUUAUUGUAUUUAAUAUUUGCAAUUUAUGUUUUCUACCAGAAAUUUUGCUCCAGUUGAAAAAUAAUGAUAGAUCGACGCUGUUUCUUUUAACAUAAAUAAUAUAAGUGAUGUAACCAAAUAUUGAAUAUUUUUAAUGUGAAUCUGGGAAAACAAGUAAGGAAAACCCACUCCAAUGCAAAUUUUCCGGUUUCUAAACGUAUUUUAAACAAUAACCGAUAGUCUAUAGAUACAAUUUUGAAAUUAUUUAUAGAAUAAUAUUUUAACACGCGCAGACACCAAAAUAAAUUAAAUAACUUAAUUUGGAAUAGUUGACAGUGAAUUUUAAAAAUUCUCAAAGAAAUUAUAUUUUGGCGCCUAUUUUUUAAUAUCGGCUAGUAUAAAUGUAUAUUUAAAGGGUCUUUGCACACAAUUUGUUUUCUUUGUCUGUAUCACGCGUAAUAUAGCAUUAAAUUUUCGCACUUCAACGAUUGUAACUCUCUGAUUGAGUUUAGAGCAUUUACUGUUUUUCGAUAUUUGCAUUUGUUAAUAACCAAUAAACGCUGAGCGUCCCCAAAAGUGGUUCCACUGGUAAACAAAUUAUUAAAAAAAAUGUAUAUUUAUUUAAUACCUACAUAUAUAUUUAUAUUAACAUACAUAUUGCACAAUAGCUCAAUGUACCCAUUACGGUGCCACACUAAAUCUCGAAAAUCGUAUUUUUUUUUAAAUAAAAAAAAAAAAAAUGUAUUUUAAUCUUAAGUAGUAUAAAAAAUAUAAAGUUUUAACUUCAAUAAUUCUCGGCGUUUAUGGGUUAAUAAUUAAUUAUUGGUUAAAAUCAAGAGAUUAAAAUAAGUUAAAUUGAGACAAGGGUUUCUUCACGAUAAAAACGAAAAUAUUAGAUAAUAGUGACUACUUUAUUACGCUUAACUCCACCAGAGAGCAGUAAUCGUUGAAAUGCAAUGUGUAUUUGUGGCCUUAUUACGGCGCGAGACAAACAUAGAAAACAAAUUAUGAGUAGAGGCACCUUAAUACUUAAUAAUAAUUUUAUACAAUAGUAAAUGUGCGAAUUAAUAUUCAAAUUAGUAAUAUAAUAAUGUUACGAACACGGAAUAGUAUAAUAAAAUAUCCUUGUCAACCACAUCAAUAACGAACACGACAGGGAUAUAAGGUGUUUCGACUUGAAAUUGAAAAAAAUAAAUAUUCGGUUUUAAAAUUAAUCAAUUUAAUGGCGUAUUUGAUUUUUUUCACAUUGUCAACAGAAUCAAUACCGCACUAUACAAAAUGUCGGUUUCUUCGGGAAAGGGCUGGUAAUAUAAACAUUAUAAACACUCGUACGGGAUGUGGAAUUCGGCGUGAAACCAUUGAAUAACAUUUACCCAUUAAUAAUUACCCUAGACUAUUAACGCAAGUAAAAAACGGGCGAUUCGAUUAUGCAAUAUAAUAGCACGUCGGAAUAUGUGGUCGUAACUAAACGAUUACCAUAAUGACAUCGAUUAACGAACAAGAAAAAAAAUCCGUUUUACGCGAAAUAUAGACCCUCGCCGUAUUCCUAAUAUUCCACAUACAGUAAAUGACAACCGAUUUAUCAAAUAGGCGUACAUUUUUCGUUAACACUCGACUAUAUAGGGACCUGCCGAUUUGUCAACGUUAUUUAGCUUGUUAUACGGCCCUUUAUAGAAAAAUAGGAUUUUGAUUGCACUUGAACGGAGGCGAGGAGGCGACAAUUUAAAGGAUUCACUAAUUUUCAUUAAAAAUCAAAAACAUUUCUACAAAUACUACAGAUAAAAAGGGAGUCAUGCCUUUCUGCUGAUAUCUAUGGGUGGGAGAAUGGAGUACAUUAUCUAUUUUUUAUGAACAUAUUGAACAUAUUUAUUAAAUAAAGACAUUUAAAUCUUUAAGUAUAUUUGCAUUUUUUUUUUUUUUUUCUACGUUUGUGUCCUUUUUUCUUUAUUUUUCGUCCGGUCCAAGCGUCACUGGUUUUGUUAGAGAGGGAUAAUCGAAGAAGCGUAGGUAUACGGGAAAAAAUAAACUCCCGUGUUUUUCUUCUAUUUUCAUGGGUUCUACACGUUCGGGAGUGUUUGGAAUAGUUGACGAGCGAGCGGUAAUAAGGUGGAUUCGAUAAUUAUUUAUCGUGAAACUGACACCGGGAACACUGUUCCUGUAGCCGAAAACGAAAAUAAUUAUUAGACCGAUUACGACCUUUAUUAUCACGGGAUCAAUACUCUAUAAGAACCGGGUCACCGAGAAAUCUUCCGGUAGGCCGCGAUAAAAAUGAGUUAGACGAAUCGGAUAGGAACAGAUGAGACGUACGUGAACAAACGGAGUAAGCAAACGAUUAAGUCUAAUUCAACGUAAGAUAUUAUUUAGUUAUGAAUUCGUCCUUUUUUUUUAUGAGUCCAACCUUAUAGAAGAAUAUUUUUACACUGCGCGUUUUUGAUAUUCAACUUAUUCAAUACCGCUACCAGGGCUAUGAGUGUUCAUUAAUUAAUUUCACGCGUACAAUUAAUAUAGAAUAUUAUAAUAAAAGUUUAUUCGCGUCGUGAUAAUACAAUAUUUAUAUUAACCGGAUUUCUUAUUCCGCACUUUAACGAUAGGUAUAGAUUAUAGAUGUAUACAAAUACUACACUGAGAUUACUUUCCCACUUCCCGUACAAUUACGUCAUCGUUUAUUUUUUUUUUUGUCGGAUUUCAAUUGCUAGAUCGGAAAUUAAUAUUCUAAACGUUUUCGUGUUGUUUCUUUGUUUUUUGUCGGCAACGAAAAACGAUUAAUUUAAUUUUCACUCGACGAUAUUUCCAUUAUACCCGAACGAUUUCCAUAUGAAUAUAUUCGUGACACAGUGUCAAUACUCACUUCCCCUCCACAUUUUUAGACGGCGCGUAACGAACUAAAUAUAUAUUAUUUAUUGUGUAUUUCCGGCACGCAUCUAUUAUACAAUAGUGUAGCAUACAAUAAUAUUCUCCUUUUAUCUAAUUAUUCAUUCCUCAUUAAUAUAUAGGUACUUGCGAAAAAAAUUUCAAACAUGUUAUUAUGAUUUAUAACUUUAUUCGAGUAAUGUGGGUGGAAUGUGAGCGUUGAGAAGUGAUAUUAAGGAUGAAACUGUAUUACGGGUGUAUGUUGUGGCCUUGUUGAAUUAAAAAAAAUUUAAAUAAUCACGGAAGUAUGGUAAAAACGAGUGGGAAAAGGUUCACAUCGCCGGUCAAUUGUGAGUCCCGUUUUCCCUUUAAAAUGUAAUGGUUAUCAAUGUUUAUACUAUGUCAUAAUAUUUUAAGUAAUUACACGCGCUCGUGUUAUUUCCCGUUGUUACAGAUGCAGUCACUGACCGCCGCCGCGGUCGUCGUCGUAUCGCUAACGGUCAUCGGUUCGUCAACGGGCAGCCCCGUGUCGGUGUACGCGGGCCUGUCGGGCUCCCAGUAUCGCGCGCCGCGGCCGGCCUACAACUACGGCCACGACAACGCGGCGGACGACUACGCCACCCCGGCUAAGUACAAUUUCGCAUACGACGUAUCGGACGCGUACACGGGCGACUACAAGAGCCAGACCGAAGAGCGGGACGGCGACUACGUCAAGGGACAGUACACGGUGGUCGAGCCGGACGGCACCACGCGCGUGGUGGACUACACGGCCGACGAGCAUAACGGGUUCAACGCUGUCGUAACCAAGCAGGGUCAACCCGCCGCAGCUCCACCCCGAGCCUACGCUGCCGCGGCCCCGGUCUACAAGAAAACCGCGGCCCCGGCCUACCGAGCAGUCCCAGCUCCGUCCCCGGCGUACAGGACUGCAACCGCCGCCCAGGUCCCGGGUUACAGGACAGCCGCCCUGCAGUCGGCCUACAAGCAGUCCGCUGUGUCCGCGGCUUACCGUCCGGCUCCGGCAGCCAUUUACCAGGACGCUUACGCGACGGACGCAGCCGACAUUUACCCUACGGCCGCAACCGCUUACCCGUCCGCCCCACUGUACAAAUCGGCCAACAGAUCGGCGUACAAACAGUCAUCGCCGUCCUAUUACGCGUACUAACCGUCGCCGCGGCGAGUGAUCAGUGUUGUGCAAAGAUAAUUUUAAAAUGAUCUAGACAAGAUAACAAAUUAUGUAGGUAACAAGGUAUAAUUAUUUAUAGGUAUUUCAAUGCCCAAAUUAAAACAUUCAAACACGAAAUGGAAAAUUAUUAACUAAUAAAGUAAUAUACAAUUUACCCGGGCGUUAUUACCGAACAUCAAAUAACGAAAAUCGAAACCGGAAAAAAAAAAAACAAGUCAAAUUAAUUCGAUAAUCUGCAUAACCAGAAAGCUGUUUAGUUAAAAUCAAAAUCGUAUAAAAACAUACUAUGAAUCUAUUUUAUCGAGUUAAAACGAAAAGAUACCGAAACAUUUUUAUCUAGAAAACGCACGACACUGCCGAUUACCACAUCGCGUACCGACGUUAUUUAUCAUGAUAAUAUCAUAUUAUAAUAAUACAACCGAAACGUUUAUGAUGUUAGUAACAAAUUGUAAACGCGCGUUAUAUAAUUAAUAUUUAAUAAUUAAAAAGUAUUUUAUCAUAGUAUAACUGUUGUCAGACUGUCCCGCGCGGUGUUUAUCGGAAAAUGUAUACAUGAAUCGACAAACUCGAAAAUCGUGUUCGACAAAGGCCAUAAAAACAAAAAUAUUAUACAUGUGUAAGCGUUGACUAUAUAUUAUAUUUUUAUUAUUAACAAAUAAAUGUAAUUAUGUAAUUUUAUCACUUGAAAAAUAGUGAUUUUUUUUAUAAGAAAAUUGUUGUUUUUUUUUCUUCUUGAAAACAUUUUUGUUACGCAUACUAUUCAACGAGUAAUAAACUAAAAAGACUC